CCUUUACACGCUGCCGUUGUUACGUUAUCAAAAGGUUAAACAAGACUAGCUUUUAGCAAGCUAACAGCUAACAUCAAUCUCACAAAAUUCAGGUGAACUGUAAACAAGAGAAGCCCAACAGGAUGACCAGUGUGCUCUGCUGCAGAGCUCGGCUGGUGACGUACCUGCCUGGGCUUCACAUUCUAGUUCAUCGUGUUGUUGGAGCCAGGACUUUCUCUGGGGCGUCCGGCUCAGAUGAGCCACACCUGAGCAACACAACCCCUGACACUGCACAAAGGACAGUGUGGCCAGACGAGACCAUGGGCCCAUUCGGACCUCAGGAUAAGCGUUUCCAGUUGCCGGGAAAUGUGGGUUUUGACUGUCACUUGAAGGGUCCAGCGGAGCAGAGGACUACACCAAUCUACAGCGUGAUGCCAGACGUGCUCACUGCUCAGUCCAGCAGUGAGAGGCACGACUUCAUCCUGGCCCAGUUAAUCAAUGAGCUUCACGAAAGUGAUAAAGCAUCCACAGAACAGAACGUGGAUAAAGCAGAGCACUUUUUCAAUCAUUCCAGUGUGGAGUGUGCCAUUCAGUCUUGCCCUGAAUUGUUAAAGAAAGAUUUUGAGUCCAUGUUCCCUGAGGUCCCAUCGACUGGCAUGAUGGUGGUCACUGUGACUCAGCGAACACAGAACGACAUGACGGCCUGGACUGAGCAAGUGGACCAGGAGAGAGAAGAGCUGCUUGCUAAAUUUGUUGAAGGUGCAAAGGAGAUAUGUCAUGCUCUCCGAACAGAAGGAUUCUGGGCUGAUUUCAUUGACCCAUCAUCUGGACUUGCAUUCUUCGGUUCAUACACAAACAACACGCUCUUUGAAACGGAUGAAAGAUAUCGCCAUUUAGGUUUUCAGAUCGAGGACCUGGGCUGUUGUAAAGUGAUUCGGCACGUAAUGUGGGGGACGCAUGUUUUUGUGGGCACACUUUUCACCACAGCGCCACCCAACAGCCAGAUCAUGAAGAAGCUACAAGGAAACUAAAGUUAAUUAGUUAAAUAUGCUGAGUCGUCAUGGGAACACUAUUAAUAUCAAAACCAAACCUCAGCUUUGAGAUGAUUAGUACAAUCAAAAACACAUUUACAUCCCAUUAUGCACUUAAUGAAGGUGCCCAAUGGCUGCUGCUGGAAAUGUGUAUUUAUUUUUGUAGAUCAAAAAGCACUUUUGGUGUGACUUUUAUUUUGGGUGCGUGUGCUACAGAGGGAAGUUCUGUCACAUGUCCAGCAUCUUUCAGUCUCUCUCUUCAUCUAUGUUGCCUUUCUUGUACUACAGACCUCAAAGAAACUAAAAUGUGACAGCUAAAAAUAUUUCCACAACAUUGCUCCAUCCAAAUCUGUAUUUGGUCAUUUUUUUGUCCAUACAUUAUAUUUAAAAAGUUUUAGUUGUAAUUAAGAGCUUUCAGUUUAAUUCAGUAUUGUCAACUUUCUUCAUUGCUCCAUGAUAGGCACAAUAAAUAAUUAAUAAGUAUCAUUGGCUGUAAUGUUGGUUUAUUGUUUGUGCGAACAGUUUGGAAAAACCAUCCAUUAAUCUAAACGGUGGAGCUACCAAGAUAUAAGGCCUUAAUGACUCAGUAGUGACAUGCAUUUCAAGUGAGUAGACUUGGUAAAUGUAACUAGAGUUAGACUGAUAAUUGGUUUGACAGAGAUUUUUUUUUUCGUACUCUUGUUGGUUCUUCAUCAUCAGGUGCUUUUCAUAAAUUGCAUAAUUUGGUGAGUCUGUAAGCACAUUAUUAUUAGGCAAUAUUUGAUAAAAAAU